UUUCCAACACUUUUGCCGGUUUGUAGUUGUUCGCGAGUUCUGAAUUCUUAAUUUUGUUUGCAUGGCUUGUGCAUGAUUAUUGCAAUAAUUUCGAGAGCUCUUCAGUUAUUUUUACAUAUUCAAUAUGGGAGUAACCGGACUUUGGAAGCUUAUUGAGCCCUGCGGUAAGCCUGUCCCAGUGGAGACAUUAGAGGGUAAAAUUCUAGCUGUCGAUAUAUCGAUAUGGCUGCAUCAGGUAGUCAAGGGGUUUCAGGAUAACAAGGGCUCCGCCCUGAGCAAUGCCCAUCUGCUGGGAUUGUUCCAUCGACUGUGUAAAUUGCUUUAUUACCGGGUCCGACCAGUAUUCAUCUUUGACGGCUGUGUGCCUCAGCUGAAACGAGAUACCAUUGCACGACGUCAACAGCAACGAAAUAAGCUCAGCAAUGAAGCGGAUCGCAUACAAGCACUGCUGCUUCAAUCUCUGGCCAAGGAGAAAGUCGUUCAGCAGGCUCUGGGUGCUAGUGCCGAACAAUUGCUUUUAAAGUCGCCGGGCAAACGUCCAACGGCUAGUAAAUCUAAGAACGAUGAAGAUGACCUAUUCAAAUUACCAGAGCUACCUGCUGCAGCAUCUGCAGGAGCUGCUAUGGAUGACAGUAGCGAUCAGGAUUUGGAUGAUACCAGUGCCAGCGCAACAUCGGACAGCUCCUUUGAUGAAUCUACUGCUCGGCGUACCUACGAUUCCAGUUUGCAAGCAAUUGAUGUAAAAAGCCAGCAUUUUCGUAACCUGCCUGCUGAUGUGCGUCACGAAAUUCUCACAGAUAUCAAAGAGACGCGUAAACAAUCCUCCUGGGGACGCCUGCAUGAGCUACCAGCCCGUAGCGAUGAUUUCAGUUCGUUUCAAAUGAAACGGUUACUAAAAAGACGUGCCGUCCAGGAGAGUCUGGAAAAGGCCGAGGAAGAAAUGGGAGGCCAUACCCUAACGUACGCGGAAUUGUGUAACUUUUUUAAUGAGGAGGGUAUAGUGACACCUACGGCCAUUGAGCAAAGCACCAGACAAAUUAGCUCUGAUGAACAUACGCGCUUUUUACUGGUCAGAGAUCUUAAAAAGAAGGCGCUAGAGAGUGCAGAGAUAAAGACAGAGAUUAAAUGUGAAACCAUAAAGGAAGAAACACCUGUCGCUGACAUUGACGAUGAGAAGCCAAGCACUUCAAGGCACGUGGCGGAGGCGGAAGAAAAAAAACCAAUUGACCUGCUUGGGACUGAAUACGAUGAGGAUUAUGCCAAAGCGAUUGCCCUAUCUCUUGAGGAGACUUCCGUAGUGUACAACGAAAAGGACUAUGACUAUGAUUCGGAUCAGGAUUUGCGUCUCAAUCGUGAGCAAAGUAAACAGUUGCGACAUGCAGCCAAGGGGCCAGCCAGAGCCUAUAUGAUUGAAUAUGGUGGCAUGAACGACGAAGAAGUGGGUAAUAUAAUGGAAACUACACAAUUUAAUAACACACAAUCCCUGGAGCAACAAUUUGAAAGUGCCCAGAAUGAUAUGCCAAAUGACUCUAUUGAUGAGGACACACAACUUGCCAUGGCAAUUGAAGAAAGUCGAAAAGAGGCUUUAAAGGAAUUAAAUAAAAAUUCAGCAUCCCAUGUGGAGGAGAUUGUGGACAGUGAUACGGAUUCCGACUUGGAAGAAGUUCAAGUUGAUAAUAAAUUGGAAAUCUGUGUUGAUAUUAAUAAAACUUUAAAGCCUGCUGAUGAUAUAUUUUCCGAUGUUUUCGAUAAAAGUGAUAAUGAUGAUGAUGAUUUCAUUGAGGUACCAAAUGAUCCUAAAGCAGAAUCCUCUAAAGAAACUGCAAAACCAAAAUUAACUGAUGAAUCAGAAUCCCUACAAGAUGCUUCUAAAGCGAAAUUAACUGACAAUGAAGAGUCCUUGGAAGAAUCAAAAGAAGCAGAGAUAACUGAUACUGAAAUAAUUGAAGUAAAAGAUAGCCAAGAUCAGGACUUGCUUGAUAAAACUGAGGAAAAACCUCAGACAUCAUCAUCUAACAUAAAUUCCAUAAUAGCGAAUCUUAAAAAACAAACUGAAGAAAUCAAAAACAUUAAGUUUGACACUUCUUUAGAUGAAAAACCGAAAAAUGCACUAAGUUCAAUUCUGGAUGAGUUAAAAAAGCAAACUCAUGAUGUUAAAAAUAUUAAACUCGAACAAAUUAAACUAAGUGAUAGCAAUGUUAUUGAAUUAUCCUCCGACGAUGAGUCGAAGCCAUCAAAAGUUGAUGAGGUAAUCGAAUUAGGUGAUGAUAUUCAGAGUAAACGUAUUUCACCAAAUAAAACGCCAAGUAAAAAUAAAUCAAUAACUGAUUAUUUCGAAACAAGUUAUGUGGUGAAACGUACACCCGAUAAGUCACCAUUAAAUGAUGUUACUCCACCAGGGACACCAAAAGUGGCCAAACCAUUCUAUAGAAAACGCACCCCGAAAUCUGGACAAAAACGUUCAGCCGAAGAGACUAGCGAUGAUGGCUUAACACCCAAUAAGAAAUCCAGCAAAGCAGCAAAAUCACUUUUCGAGCAAGGAGAACAAGAACCAGAAUUGAUUGCCAAACCCCUUGAUCCAGAAGAUCUCAUUAAAGAUGCGGCUGAUGCUUUGAAAUCACAAAAAACAUCCGAGGAACUACAGACAAUGGCCACUAGCUUGGCCCAGGAACGUAAGCAAUUGGAAUUGGAGAGAAAUCGUCAAGAUCGUAUGGGUAUGUCGAUAAGUCAACGCAUGAGCAUUGACUGCCAAGAAUUGUUGCGUCUCUUUGGCAUUCCGUACAUUGUUGCGCCCAUGGAGGCAGAAGCACAAUGUGCCUUUCUAAAUGCCACCGAAUUGACGAAUGGAACCAUCACUGAUGACAGUGAUAUUUGGUUAUUUGGCGGACGGACUGUCUAUAAGAAUUUCUUUGCUCAGAACAAACAUGUCUUGGAGUUUCGUUCAGAGCAGAUUGAACAGACGUUCAAUUGUAAUCGCGGAAAACUAAUACAAUUGGCUUGUUUGGUGGGAAGCGAUUAUACUACAGGCAUACAUGGAAUUGGAGCAGUAACAGCAUUGGAAAUUCUUGCCUCAUUCUCGACUGCUACGACGGUUCCAUCUACUCAGUCGAUUUGCAAUCAAACAGUUCUUGAGACAUUGACUAGAUUUCGAGACUGGUGGCAGGCGCAUAAAAAUUCGAAUCUUCCGCCGGGCAGUUCUGCCCGCCUCUCAUUGCGGAAAAAACUGAAAAACAUUGACCUGCACGAAGGAUUUCCAAGCUCAGCAGUCGUGGAGGCAUAUCUAGAUCCCAAGGUAGAUGACAAUCGAGAUGCCUUCACGUGGGGAACACCAGAUGUGGACUCCAUAAGGGAGUUUGCCCGUAAAUCUUUUGGCUGGACCACAAGUAAAACGGAUGAUAUUCUUAUGCCGGUCAUAAAGAAAAUCAAUGAUAAAAAAAUACAGGGCUCAAUACGUAAUUAUUUUACGGCCAAGAGCGCCCUCCGAGUACAGCAACCGCAAGUCAGUAAACGUGUCCAAACUGCAAUCGAUAAAAUGUCCGGCAAAUUGGAUGUGGAAACUCCGGAGAAACCAAAGAAAACCAGUCGUGCGAGACGCACCAAAGCAGUUAACAAGGAGUCUAACGAUGACGAGUUCGAGCCCAAACCAGCACGUCCAAAACGUGGCAAGCGGAAAUCGUCAACCACAACAGAAGCAGUUGCAUUAGAGGAGGAAACCAAUACUGAAAAUCCUUCAACGUCCAUUAAACCCGGCAAAUGUCCAAGAAUUCCAGACUCAACAGAAGUUAUACCCCAAAGGGAGAGGGAUUUGGAGCAAAUGCGUCUAAAUAAGGCCAAGGCAGCAGAACUAUUUAAAAAGGCGGCCAAAAAUUAAUGAUUUUGCAUCUAAAAUGAAAUUUAUUCUUGAACAUUUAUUUCCAUUAAUUAUUUGUACAAUUUUUAUAUAAGAAAAAGUUAUCACCGAAAUGUACUUCAUUUCAAUUGCAUGAAAAUUUUUGUUUAAAAGAAAAAAAUUAAAAAAAAAAAACUAAAAUUAUGAAAUCGAAAAGAAAACAAAUUGGACGGGUUUUUUACUCCCGUUGCAUUACAAAACGUCGUAGAUGCUUUAGAAAUCGAGCAACAAAACGAAAUCUCAUAAUUAAAACCUUAAAAAAUG